AUGGCAUUAUCAAUCGACACCGGUCUUACUUAUUCAUUGGAUAAUAUUGUGCAACAACUUAAUCGAUAUGUAUCUCCGGCCAUUUUCAUCUUUGGUGUAGUUGGAAAUACUCUUAACUGUCUUGUUUUAUCACAACGAACACUUCGUUCAAAUCCAUGUACAUUAUUUCUUCUUGUUUCAUCUUUUAUUGAUAUCAUUUCUAUUCUUUUUGGUUUACCUACUCGAAUUUUAGGUGGUUGGAAUCUUGAUCCAACAACAACAAUCUCUUGGAUAUGUAAAAUUCGUGCAUUUACUGUAUUUAGUACAAGAACAAUGGCAACAUGGCUUAUUAUGUUAGCAACAAUUGAUCGUUGGUUAUUAUCAUCUACUGAUGUUCACCGUCGACAAAUUUGUUCAAUGAAAAAUGUCAAACGAGCAAUUAUUCUUAGCCUUAUUGUAUCAAUUCUUACGUACGUACAUAUGUUUUAUUGUUACAAUGCUAAUAUUGAGGAUCAACCAUUAAAAUGUUAUGGAAAUACAGAAACAUGUCGUCUUAUAACUGAUUUAUCUUAUGCAUUUAUAUCGAUUCUCAUACCAUUAAUUAUAAUGAUUAUAUUUGGUUUAAUGACAAUUUCAAAUGUUCAUCGUAUUCAUAGUCGUGUACAUCAUCGAAUUACUACUAUUCUAGAUAAUGAUGAACGUAUGAAGAUGAAAAAGAAAAUGUUACACUCAAAAAAAUUAGAUCAUCAUUUACUUUGUAUGCUUUCAGUUGAAGUAAUACUUCUAAUUGUAUUAUGUGUUCCACAAGCUAUUGAAAAGUUGUAUUUUACAUUGAAACCUUUUGGUUCUGGAUCUGGAUUAGAAGAGUCUAUCAAGGUUUUAAUUUAUAAUAUUGGAUUACUUCUUGCAUUUAUAGCUAGUGGAAUGCCAUUCUACAUCAAUGUUUUAGCUGGUGGAAGUGUAUAUACCAAAGCAUGUUCUGAUUUGAUCCAAAUUGUCGCUGAAAAGAUGUUUGGCAAGCUUCAAUAA